AUGGUUCUAGCUAACUCGGUACUUCUGUCAGCUUUAUGCGCUUUUGCUGUCUCAGCAGCGCCUUUGUCCAAGAGAGAUUCCUGUACAUUGUCGGGAUCUUCUUUGUCCUCAUUGUCGGCCGUGAAAAAAUGUAGCAGCAUCAUCAUCAAAGAUUUGACCGUUCCGGCAGGACAGACUCUAGAUCUAAGCGGUCUAACGAGCGGCACUACUGUUACCUUCCAAGGCACGACUAAGUUUGGAUACAAAGAAUGGGAAGGUCCAUUAAUUUCUAUCUCAGGGUCCAAAAUCAACGUUGUUGGUGCUUCUGGGCAUGUUAUCGAUGGCCAAGGUGCAAAAUGGUGGGACGGUAAAGGUGACAGCGGUAAAGUUAAGCCAAAAUUUGUGAAAUUGGGCUUGACCGGAACCUCAAAAGUUACCGGCUUGAAUAUCAAGAACGCUCCACACCAAGUUUUCAGUGUCAAUAAGUGCUCUGAUUUGACCAUCAGUGGUGUAACCGUUGACAUCAAAGCUGGUGACUCCGCCGGUGGCCACAACACAGACGCGUUUGAYGUGGGCAGUUCCACCAAUGUUGUAAUCCAGGGAUGUACCGUUUACAAUCAAGACGACUGUAUCGCCGUAAACUCUGGUAAAAAUAUCAAGUUUUUAAACAACAACUGUUACAACGGUCACGGUAUCUCUAUAGGCUCUGUUGGUGGCCGUUCCGACAAUGUUGUCAACGGUUUCUGGGCCCAAAACAAUAAUGUUAUCAACUCUGAU